AUGGAAUAUAAGGAGGCCCUACAUGGCAUCUUAAAGGAAUUGAAGAAGCUUGAGGAUCAUAAUGUGGAAGAUUCAGGAGAAUAUGAGACGUUUGCAAAGUCGGCAAUCAACUAUUUGAGAACCUUUUUGGCGCUAGAUGGAAAUAAUCAUGUUUUAAGCUUGUGGUCGAAUAUUGAAACAAUUGGCUACCAUACCGUAGCGUAUCGUGGGACACCAAGCACACAUGAGAUCGAUUUUUCUAAUGUUUUGAACCAUCUUAAAACCAGGAAUGACACCAACGAAGGUUCACUCCGAGCGAUGCUCAAUCUUCUUUCAGAUUCUGCAAAUCCAUUACGAAUAAAAUCAGACUACCAAACGAUAGCGAGGAAGCUCACCAAUAUCUUGCACCGCACGAUCCAGCUGAGAGACAAUGCUGAGCAUGAGCUCAAAGACUACAUAUGUUCUUGUCUUCUAUACGAUAUGAACUUCUACAAGAAUCUCAUCAAUGAGGAUAAUUUAGAAGACACUGAAGUCCUAGCAGAUAUCGUCGAGUCACAGAAUAAUGACGAUGAAGGAGAUUCAGUGUUUAGCACUACAGAAUCUAUAGACAUUUACCAUCCCCUUGAAUUAAGCUCAAACAAUUCUUCAUUUUUGGCCAUUUAUCGUCUUCUUUUGCCAGUUUUGGUUGCACGUCCAACUGUGAGCGUGUGGAAAGUAUCCUGCUCAAUAAUAGAGGUUUUCAAGAAGCACCAGCAUGUCAACUACUUUGAGAGUAGUGACAGAGAGAUUGACAUUUCACCCUUAUUUUCAAAUAUGCACAAACACUUGAACCAAAGAUAUAUACAAGAGUCAACUAGCACAUUUCUAAGAGGUACAGAAGAAGAUGCACGCACGGACCCAAUGUCGGUAUUCCCGGGUCUUAUGCAAGUUGUCACAGAGCUAAAGGACUUUAGCAGAGAUGUUAACCCUGACUUUCCUCGUCUAUUCAGACACUAUCUCGAGUUCUUGGAUCAAAAUAUACCCAUGGCUACUAAAGGGGACUACGAGUACAUUGAAGAACUACCAGAGGUUGUUAACUCGAUUUUAGAGUCGGGGUCUGCAAUUGACUUGAAAGGCGUGUUGGAAAGAUUCAUUUUUCUACAGUCGCUAUUACUGUGUGAAAACCCCUCAGAACUGGUAACUUUGCUCAUGCGUGCCAGUUGUUUUGACUUUGAAAGGCUAAGAGGUUUGGAGGAGUUCAUGUAUCAGGUUUGGAGAAGCAAUUUGGCAAGGGUGAGAAAGGUUGAGAGUCUUUGCCCGAAGCUCGUCAAGAGACCACUGAUAUUGUCAAAAUGGAGGUUGGUUACGACAAAGAUCCAAUUGAGAGAUCAGAUAACUUCAUCGCAUUAUGAAGAGAAGUUACAAUUGUUGAUGAUAUGGAGAUUGAAAAUGGCCUUGAAGAAAAUAAGGGAGUUUGGGUUCAAAGCGAGACAAUUGAAUAUGAGGCGUGUUCUUAAUAAAUGGUUUAGCACAUUUGCUUUGGUCAAGGGUUAUUAUGCAGAUGCAGAGGAACUUUAUACAAAAACUCUACUUCGAAAGUAUACGAAUGCUUGGAAAGAAAAAGCGAAAUACGCUGAACGAACAUAUGUUGAACUAGAGGAGAGAUGCGAAUACUUUAUUGAGUUAAAUAUUCAAUCCCUUUUGAAAAGGACCUUUACCAAUUGGUAUAGGUUAUUGAACCCGGAGUCCGGCGCGGUUGAUUUGUUUUCCAAAUUGCAACAAUUUAAAGAAAUAAGAAAUCACUUUGUGGUUGAAAUCUGGUUUCGGAAAUGGCAGCAAUCCACAGAAUUGAUUUACAAAUUGGAAAAUUUUAAACACAAACAAAAUCGCCGAGUGGUUCAUAUUGUGUUUGAUAAAUGGCGAUGCCAAUUACGUCUCGACGAAUGGGCGCAAAAAACCAUCUAUGACCGUAAUAUUUCAAAAAAGAAGGCGCUUUUUGAGAAAUGGAGGCUGAAUUCAUCCCGAGCACUUGAGGCUCGAUCAUUCCAAGAUAGAAAACUCAUUCAGCACUAUUUCAAGAUAUGGACAUUGAGAAGGAAUGCCAAUAUGUUUGCGGCCUCGCAAGAACUAAACGCGAUGAGUGAUGUCUUUAAAAAUUGGGAACUUGAAACAAUGGCGAAACACUGUGAGAAUUCAGCAAACAGAGAGUUGGUGGUGUCAAUAUACACACAAUGGGAGGAGAAAUUGAAGGAGGCAGUCAUGCGAGAUGCCGAAGCUGCGGAGUUUAGUGAACACUCUUUAGGAAGGGUUGCUUUGAAACGAUGGAAAACCGUAUUAGAUGCCGCUAAAAAAUUGGAUUUUCAAGCUGAUAAUGCGGUUGCUAAUAAGUUUCUCACCAAAUGGAGGAGUCGUUGCAAUAAAUGGAUGCAAGAGUUUGAGCAUGUCGGGUUAAUUGACAGACAUCGGCUUAAAUAUGCUUGGUCAGCUUGGAAGGAUAAGUACGAUUCUGUAGUGGAGGACAAAUUAGCCACCCGUUUACAAUACGUGACCGAUUACUCAGACUCAUUAUUGAAGCUGAGAUAUUUUGCCGAGUGGAGAGAACAAUAUUUCUACCAAAAGGAAUUGCAGAAUAUCGACUUUUCAUACAUUCCAAGUCUUCGAACAUUUAUUUCCCAUUGGAUACAGCGUCUUGAAGAGGUUCAUGAAUUGAAUGAGAAGAUUAAAAUUCACGACGAAGGGUUGAUUUAUAAGACCUUUGCAUAUUGGUGGUCGCGCCUUGAGCAGAUAGAUGCCAUGAAUGAACAAGGAGAAGACCAGUUUGCUCAGAGAAAUUUUGCGCUUUUGAGACGAAGUACACAGGACUGGAUAUUCAAGUUUAACAAGGGCGUAAAACGACACUAUCAGUUACUAGACACUUUCCAAGAACGAGCUGACAAACGUUUGGCUAGAAAUGUGAUUCACUUAUGGUUGCAAAAACAUAGAGAUAGGUUGGAAGAAGAGGAGCUUGCUAAUGAAACUUACGUGAGUAAUUCUUCUCCUCUUGCAAGUAGGACCCACCAACAGAGGCAACUUAAAGGAGAGAAUACGGUUCCUACACCACAAAGACAAUUUUCACCAAGCAAGAUAUCAACCCCACGCUCAAAGGUGCCCAGUCCUUCGAAACUACAAGAAACGUCACAACGAAUGAGAAAUCAACAAGUAUCGCAAUUACGAGAACGUUUUGGCAGGGCCAAAUUAUCACAACGUUAUAAACUGAACAGGCCCAUUUCGCCCGUGAAAUUGAACUACGAUGUGGAUCUUUCUCCACCAAAAGAUGAAAACAGACCCAUCCUUGACAACGAGUUCCUUAGUCCUAAUACUUCUAGAUCAUCGAGCCCAACUGAAGUUCCAUCACAGUUGAAUACUUUGAACGAUUCAUGGAUUAUAUCCACGGCUAAAAGAGUGGGUCGUAUCAAGCCGAUUGCUUUUCCUACAGGAGAGGAAAAUGAUGUUAGACUUUCACCGGCUAGCAAAGUGAAAAGAGAAUCUAGAAUUUUAAUAUAA